AUGCCAGAUUGGCGGUACAACGUGCUCUCAACAAACGAGGCCUUUAUCGAUACUGAUGGCACACCUAUGCGAGACCCUCUUGCCGCCAGUUACCCUCGACGUGCUGACAGAAGUCGACCGCUGCAUACAUGCCCAUAUACCACCAUAUUUUUAGGUGCUCGCUCGCAUCAUGCCCCUUACAGAUUACCAGCAAUCCAGAAUGAUUCCGUAGAUCUUUAUGCAGAUGUAUAUUCCGUUGAUCGCUCAUCAAAUCUCACCGAUACCUCAAGUUUUGCUCGUUACGAGGAUUUUCGUCCACAGAUUGACGAGACUUUGUCAGAAAGUGACGAUCAGGUUUAUACUUCCGAUAAACUAUCCGAAAACCUGACACUACAAGUUCAAAAAGUGCCAUUUACUUCCAGCGUGUUUUAUAUUUCUGCCAAAACUGAAACGUCUCUGAAAGACGCUGUACAAAACAGUGAUGUAUUGGAUGCCGAAGAAUCCGAUUCAGAUGCAUUGUCAUCGUGCACUUGUGAUAGCUUCGAACGGUGUGAAUUUGAUUGUAGAGAUUUCGAGCCUUUCUCGGACACCUGUUGUUGUGACCCUUUGAGCGAUGGAAUUUGCAGUCGUAGUCCAAAAGAUGUUGACUCCCCUGAACAUUUCUGUGAUCAAGUGGCAGAAGCGGAUGGUGUGUCGAACCGGAGUGACAUGGAUGGACUGGAUUUAGCUUUAUUUGAACCUGCUCAGACUGAAUCAACAGAGUGUGUGAAUCAACCUGUUGGAAAUAAUGCCGUAUCCACUGCAACUGCAUUGUGUGGAAUAUUGCACGCCUUAGCCGAUAGAAGUAUUGGUAAGUUACUAGUAAACUAA